GCAGGUAGCAUGGAGUAUCCUACAGUCAGAGAGGAUGUGCCCCGCAGGACAACAGCAACAGACUUCCCUGCCCCACUCAGCAGCAAUGAAUUCCUCUAUCUCUCUGGACCUACAAAUGCUCCCAUCAUUCACCAAGCAGUGCACUGGAGAUCAGGCCCUUGGGGGACAGAUGGGAAAUCCCCCAUGUAUUAUGCUGGCAAGAAUCGAGAGACUUUCCAGAGGUGGCAGCAAAAUCACAGAGAUAGAGAACAGAGGGCACUUCCAAAUGAUGAGAGGAUCAAAAGCUUACCACUCUGGCAAGAAUAUCUAAGAGGUUUUGUCAGUACUGUGAAGUCCUUCAAAGAAUUUUAG